GAAAGGACUGUCAGGGGUGUGCAGUAUGAUGUUUUCCAGGGGAUGUGAGGACAGGCACUACAGCUUCCCGUGGCUGAUGUAACCCCCCCCCUGAGGACCCUCGCUGGAGACGUUUCUGUGUGGAGUGCUGGACGGGAGGUUGAGAAAGAAAGUGGCAUAAUUGUCGGCUCCAUCGAUUUCCCCCUAAGAAGGGUCCAGUGGCACCCCGCCCUGCCCCGCAGAUGGUGCUCAGCCUGGCCAUGGACUCCAGAGAGGAUGGGGACAGCUGGAUGGAGGAACAGUGGGAGAAAUGGUUAACGCAUGACAUCAGUCUGAAUGAAUACGAGGAUGAUGACCUGUCAGAAGUAACAGAAAUCACGGAUGAGAACGGAAUCACUCUCAACCACCUCGACCUCGACCCUAAAGAUCACAUGACCCAGCCGGCCAAUGGUACGCCGAGGAGCGGCCGGAGGAGGGGGGUGGUGGAGCUGCAGACGGAGAUGCUCCACUUGGACCUGAUUGAUGCAGAGGGAGGAAUCCAGGAAGAAGAGGAGGAAGAGGAGGACGAGAGGCAGCCGGUUGAUGCCGUCGAUGACAACCACAAGGAAGAGCAGGGCGCAGGGCUGCCUGUCACUCAGCCUAAGCUAAAGGAUUUCAUCCCUGCUGUCGCCAUGGAUACCUACCGGCCCAAGAGACCCACCACCCUGAAUCUUUUCCCUCAAGUGCCAAGGACUCAGGACACAAUAAAUAACAAUUCCUUUGGUGAGAAAGAACGAAGGAAAGAAAAGAAAACCCGUUCUUCAUCACCACACAUUAAGGGAGAUCCGGCGGCCAAACCCGAGCAGGUUAGCCAGACCGAUGGGGACAAAGUUCAGGCCAGGGCUGACACCAAACCACGAGGCCCAGCCUCCUCUACAAAUAAAUCCUCAGCCGCUUGCACCAAGCAGCAGGACAAGUUGAACAACCCCAAAGUGGUGGCGCCCCUCACAAAGGCAGUUAUGAGGGAAAAAUCCACGGAAGUGACCCUCAUAGAGGGUGUCCUUGACAUGCCGAUCCUUUGCAAGGAAAAAGCCCGGUAUCACACCGUCAAUGGCUAUCGGGAACAGGUGCAGUAUCCCGUGGAGAAUGAAGAUACGUGUGACCAGUCGGUCGAUAAAAACAAGGACUAUCAUGCCACUGAGGAGAUCCACCUCACGCCGGUUAACGGGGAGCAGGAGCGACCGUUUCUGUCCCAGAGCAGCGACAGCAAUCGCAUGUCCAUUAGUUCGGACACGGAGAUUCCUCCCCUUCACAACUACCCAUCGGCGGGUUGUCCGAACCCCUCCAUUAGCGAGGAGGAUGAGGUGUAUCCACCUACACCCCCAUGCCGGACUGUCAGCCUCGGUGACCCGGGGGAUGCUAGUCAGUGGGCUGAAACCCGCAAGCCCAAAGUGGUGAAGGAGGACAAGGGAACCUCAAAAACGGUGGCGGUCAGCACGGAUGCUUCGGGACUGACGUAUGACUCUGUCAAGUACACCCUGGUGGUGGAUGAGCAUGCUAAGCUCGAACUAGUGAGCAUCAAGGAUUGUUACAAAGGUUACGAAAGUGACAGUGACAACACAGUCUAUGAAUCUGCCAUUGACGAUGAUGAGGAGGAUCAGGAUGCGGACGAAGAGGGGGAAGAGUCAGGAGCGACGAGCAUGAGGAGAGACACUUCCUGUUUGUCUGCCGACUCCACCACAGACACCACCUCAGACAUGCCACGUUCCCGCAAGUUCAAGAAUGUCUUCGUGAAUGGACGGUCACGUUUCUCUGGGGCGGAGUUUGGAUUUUUCUCCUGUGUUAUUAAUGGAGAGGAAAGAGAACAGAGCCACAGAGGAGUGUUCAGGUUUAUUCCUCGCCAUGAUGAUGAGUUGGAGUUGGAGGCGGAUGACCCCUUACUGGUCGAGUUUCAGGCCGAGGAUCUGUGGUGUGAGGGCUACAACAUGCGCACUGGAUCCAGAGGCAUCUUUCCUGCAUUCUACGCCGUCAAGGUGACAAAGGAUGAACUUGUUAAAGAGGUCAAAAGUGACUGGAUGGACAAAUUCUGGGUGAAAUUUCUUGGUUCUGUUCAAGUGCCGUAUCACAAAGGGAACGAUGUGCUUUGUGCCGCCAUGCACAAAAUAGCAUCAAACAGAAGAAAAACAAUGCAGUUCAGCCCUCCUUCGCCUUGCAUUCUGGAAAUCAACACAAGAGGAGUGAAAAUCAUCGUUCAGGAUGACUGUCGGACUUCUGGAAGGGGUGAGAAGUGCUUUCACUUUUUCCAAUUGAAAAACAUCUCCUUUUGCGGAUGCCAUCCAAAGAAUAACAAGUAUUUUGGACUAAUAACAAAACAUCCAGCAUACCAGAGAUUUGCCUGUCACGUGUUCUUCUCAGAUGAUACAACCACAAAACUGGCUGAGUCUGUAGGGAAAGCUUUUCAGCAAUUCUACAAAGAAAAUAUGGAAUAUUCCUGUCCGACAGAAGACAUCUUCCUCGAAUGACCUUCGGUCUAUUUGUAUUUUUGCAUUAUCACAUACUGUAUGAGGUGUUGCAUGAUGGUGGUUUUGAUCCUCUUUGUAACGUGUCAUGUUGAUGAUAUAAUGUUGACGUCUAUUUCAGACAAAUGUUAAAAUCGAAACGAAUAUCGGCCACACCGCAACUACUUUCACCUCGUACAUCUUGAGUAUUAUUGACUGGUGUAAAGCCUUACGGAGUUUAAUAACUGAAAAAAUGUUCGAUGUAACUUGUAAAAAAUCAUUUCUGUGCGAAGUUUGGUUUCAUUUAUUAAUUCGAAGCACAAUGUUUGAUGCAUUAAUGUUGGAUGAAACAAGACAGAAAAGAGAUCAUAAAGCUAGACUGGAUCCAAAAUCAAGUUUUUCUCGGAAACCAAAGCUUUACUGGGGAUCGUCCUUCUUCACUCAGAACGGAUGUGAGCCAUGUAAUUGAAUUCAGCCCAGUUUGUCCAUCUGGUGUCCCUGACCCGCUUUGCACCACAGGUUAAGACCACUUUCCAACAAUUACCACAUCGUAUUAGCAAAUCUUUGAACCCAAGGUUAUGAAUCCCUGAUCCAGAGCAUUAAAGUACAGUCACAUUUAUCAUUGUUUAUCGAAUUUUUAUGGUCGAAAUCAAUACAGUAGGAAUCCUACGGAAAGCUACUUGAUUUCGAUUCACAAAGAGCGAGUUAUUGGGCAUAAAAAAUGUCAGUGGAAUGAAAAAAAAUGCAAGGUCUAGAGACGUGUUGAUGACUGCCUGCCGCAUUUUUAGAGAAGGCAAAAGACGUGAGAUGUGAGCGUAAAGGUCAAACACGAUCGACUCUACGGGAUUGUUCACACAGAUUGUGUAUUUGCUCUUAAAAAUGUGAGAGAAAGGUCAGUGGAACAAAAACCGCAAGGUCUAGAGACGCAUUUUUUAAAAGCUGACCAACUUUUAACUUGAGCGCCAUGUUUUUAAAUGCCGUGUCUACAACGUGAUGCGAAAAAGCAACAGGAUCCAUUAUAAUCAGUGAUGCUGUCUACAGUGGAUGCAUCGCGACAGUAAACUGAUGCCCAGUUCUAUUUCUGAUAUACUCCAUGCGUUUGCGCUACUUCUGAUAUGAAGGACAAAUGGAUUUGCAAUGUUUGCUUUGUCGCGUCCAGUAUGGACUGCUUCUAGCCGGCAACGGUUGCAUGACGCAAAUGCAAUGGCUAACAACAUCCGUCUAGUGCUUUUACAUUGAAAAACAAUGGUAAAGUAGUGCAGUGAGAUGGAAAAAAA